AGUUGUAAGUGCCAAACUUGAAAAGUGAUCCACAGACCACAAUUUCCUAUAAUACCAAUAUCAAACGUAAAAGAAAGUGGUCCGGUGAGCGGCAUAUUAUUUUAGGUUUUGGAACUAAGACUAAGUCAAAAUUUUGUUUUUCUAAAGAUAAUCCAAAGACUAAUUUGAAAAAUGAAUCUAAAUCUAGUUGAUACAUUUAGUUAUAAAUUAAUAGCAUCGUUAGUAGUUUUGAUCUGCCAUAGUUUUUACAAUCCUAUCGAUAGCGGCGCUGUACAAAUUACACAGAGCAAUUUAGAUAUGGUACUUGCUUCCAAUGAGAUUGUUUUUAUAAAUUUUUAUGCUGAAUGGUGUAAGUUCAGUAAUAUUUUGAUGCCCAUCUUUGAUGAUGCGGCUGUUGAAGUAGCUAAAGCAGGAUAUGACCCUGGAAAGGUUGUUAUGGGUAAAGUAGAUUGUGACCAAGAAGGUGCUAUUGCUACAAGGUUUCAUAUUACCAAAUAUCCUACUUUGAAACUAUUCCGGAAUGGGUUUCCAGCUAAGAAAGAAUAUAGAGGUCAAAGAUCAGUUGAGGCCUUUGCUGAGUUUAUUAAGAAGCAGUUGACGGACCCAAUUGUUCAAUUUGGUUCCUUGAAAGAGUUGCAUGAUUUGAGUGAAGAUAAAAGACAUAUAAUUGGGUAUAUGGACAGACGGGAUCAGCCGGAGUAUGAAGUAUUAAGAAAAGUAGCAGCCAGUUUGAAGGACGAGUGUUUAUUCCAUGCAGGAUUUGGAGAUGCUUCCCAGCAGAUGCAUCCUCCGGGUCAGCCGAUCAUUGUAUUCAGGACUGAUAAGCGAACCUCCAUUGAACCCGAUGAAACCUAUCACGGCUCUAUGCUUAACUUUGAUGAGUUAUACACUUGGGUACAACAGAAGUGUAUACCAAUUGUACGUGAAAUAACAUUUGAAAAUGCUGAAGAACUAACAGAAGAAGGCCUGCCGUUCCUCAUCUUGUUCCAUCACCCGUCCGACACUGAGAGCGUUAAGAAAUACAAAGAAAUUAUUAUGAACGAAUUGGAAUCCGAAAAACAAAAUAUUAACUUCUUGACUGCUGAUGGCGUACGUUUUGAACAUCCUCUUCAUCACCUCGGGAAGUCUGUGAGCGACCUGCCUUUGAUUGCUAUCGACUCAUUCAGGCACAUGUACCUAUUUCCCAAAUACAGUGAUAUGGAAAUACCCGGAAAACUCAAACAGUUCUUACAAGAUUUGUAUUCAGGAAAAUUACACAGGGAAUUCCACUAUGGUACCGAAGCUCCUGCUAGUGACAAUGAUAUUAAAGUAACCACACCUCCCGAGUCCACAUUUAAAAAACUAGCGCCAUCUAAGAACAGAUACACUCUACUAAGAGAUGAGUUAUAAACUAGUUUUGUAGAAAUAUUAUUUCAUUACACAUCUUAUUAUUUAAUUAUUGCACACACUUGAUACUUUGAUAUUUUUCAAUUGGCACUCAUACAUAGCCAUAUGUUUCAUAUAAAUCUGUAUAAUGAUUUUCUUUUGUACAUAAGAAAAAUUUUAUUACAUAUGAAAUUACAGUAAUUGUAGAACUUCUACACACUGAUAAGGUCAAGUAUUUAUUAAAUUUCGAACACUCUAUGAUUAAUCAAUAUGAUUCUUUUGAAGAAAUAAUUUCAAAAAUUGCUUUUGAAUAAUCGACUAGAAAAUAAACUGAUUUUAAGUAACUAAAUGAAUGAUUUAGUUGUAAAUUUUUCAAUAAGCGAGGUGUUUGAUUGGAGUUGCCUUAGCGCCAUUAAUGUGUAUGCUAUUUAUAUUUUUAAUAUAAGAUAUUUUAUGUGUAUUAGUGAAACUAUUUAGAUACUUAAUACAAUAUGAACUGUCCCAGAAGUUCACGAGUUGUUUUGAGAUAAUAUGGACUGGCCUCCAUAAUUUCCGAAUAUUUAUAUUUUUCAUAUCCAAAUCAACUAGACUACACAUGUAACAUCUUUAAGAGAUUAGUCAUUUACAGAAAUACCACGGUAAAAAUGAUUGAAUUAUUUUACAUUAAUUGUCCUGAUAUACCUUCAUUAAAUUGUAAUACAGUGUGAAGUGCUGUUUUAUUGAGUUAUUCUUUGAUAACAUAUCUAAUGCCUGUGGGAUAUGUUAUAUUUAUUUUAUAUGUAAUUACUUCAGAUAUUUCUCUAACACAUUGUACUGUGUAGCUAUGGCCUGUGGCUUAUCAAAUUGGAAUUAGUUAUAUAUAACCAUUUAUUUAUGUCGUUUAAAAAUCUCAUCCAUAGAUAAUAAUUAUUUUUUUAUUUCAGCAAUUAAAUGUUUUUACAAUAUAGGCUGCUCAAAUUUUUUUUUUUUAAUUUUUAAUGUUAUAUAAUCAAAUUAUAGUGUCAUAGUACUUUUCUGAUUAUUUAAAUUUAUUUGUGUUAGUUUAGUUCUAUCCAGUUGUUAGAAAUUGGUAUCAAUAUUAAUAAAUAACAAGCAAAAUGAUGAAUGUAUGUGUCAAUUUGUAUAAUUUAUAUAUAUUUAUAUAUUUUUCUCAUAACAUAAAAAGUCUAGUAAUUGGUCUCCAAUCAGUUUAAAUCCUUAUUUUAGAACUGUAGCAAACAUCUGUUCUGAUUUAUUAUUUUAUACGACAUUUGUAUAGGAACUUCACGGAGGGAUUGUCUGUCAAAUGUCAUAGAAAUGAAUUUAUUUAGAUAAAUACAUAAGUUUUGUGAACAUUUUGAAAAAUUAAAUUGUAAUUAUAAUUA